AUGUCAUUAGAACCUUUACCCGGAACUUUGCAGAACUUGUUAGAUCAAAAGACCUUGAAAUGGGUAUUCGUCGGUGGUAAAGGUGGCGUAGGUAAGACUACCACCUCUUGUUCUUUGGCUAUUCAAAUGUCCAAGGUUCGCUCUUCUAUUUUGCUGAUUUCGACCGAUCCUGCUCACAACUUGUCUGAUGCAUUUGGAACAAAGUUUGGAAAAGACGCCAAAAAGGUCCCUGGAUUUGAAAAUCUUAGCGCUAUGGAAAUUGAUCCAAAUCAGUCUAUUCAAGAAAUGACAGAGCAAGCUGACCAACAAAAUCCUAACAAUCCCAUGUCUGGUAUGAUGCAAGAUUUAGCCUUUACCAUUCCAGGUAUUGAUGAGGCGCUCGCUUUUGCCGAAAUUUUAAAACAAGUUAAAUCCAUGGAAUUUGAUUGUGUCAUCUUCGAUACCGCUCCUACCGGUCAUACUCUGAGAUUUUUGAAUUUCCCAACUGUCCUUGAAAAGGCCCUAGGCAAACUUGGUGGCCUCUCUAGUCGCUUUGGUCCUAUGAUUAAUCAGAUGAGUGGAUUAAUGGGCGUCAACGCAAACCAGGAUGACAUCUUUGGUAAGCUUGAAGGCAUGCGUGAAAACAUUUCUCAAGUGAACCAACAGUUUAAGAACGCAGAACUAACCACCUUUGUUUGUGUUUGCAUUUCUGAAUUCCUCUCGCUUUAUGAGACUGAAAGAAUGAUUCAAGAAUUGGUUGGAUACGAGAUUGAUGUAAAUAACAUUGUGGUCAACCAACUGUUAUUGGAUCCUCAUACAACUUGUCCGCAAUGUCUUGCUCGUAGAAAAAUGCAGCAGAAGUAUCUCGACCAAAUUGAAGAGUUAUACGAAGACUUUCACAUCGUGAAAGUACCCCAAAUUCCUGCGGAAGUUCGUGGCCCCGAGGCUUUGAAAUCCUUCUCUGAAAUGUUGGUUAAGCCUUAUGCUCACCCUUCUGAAAAGUAA